AUGUUUGCCCUGAGCCACCACAACACCACCAGCCCCCUGCUCCGUCCGCAGCUCUGCCAAGACAGCAAAGAGAGCGUGGCGGCCAUGCUGGCUUUGGACGUCCUCACCCAACAACAAAACUUCACCUUUGUCACCCCGACGACCAGUGGAGUCAUAAUUGUUGUUCUGUCCAUGACUCUUGGUAUAAUCUCCAACAUAGUGGCUUUGUUUAUUUUGGCCAAUGCAUACACACUCCAGCGAAGACGAUCCAAAGCCACCUUCCUGUUAUUCGCCACUUCGCUCGUUGUGACUGAUUUCAUUGGGCAUUUAAUUCCCGGAGCCCUUGUUCUCAGACUGUAUCUUUCUGGAGGGGUCCGUCCUGAAGAUCACAACUCCACAGAUGGGAUGUGUCAAUUCUUGGGGGGCAGCAUGGUGUUUUUUGGCCUGUGUCCGCUGUUCCUUGGAUGUGCGAUGGCGGCGGAGCGUUGCCUGGGUGUCACAAAACCUCUUCUUCACUCGUGUUUGGUCACAACUGCUCGAACCAAAGUCAGUCUAUGCAUGAUCUGGCUGGCGGCUCUCUCUGUGGCCUUAUUGCCCUGCUUUCAGUUAGGCUCCUACACGUAUCAGGACCCAGGGACGUGGUGCUUUAUAAAGGUCCUGAAUGACAUUGGAGAGGUGGAUGUAGCGUUUGUGGUGCUAUUCUCAGGAUUAGGACUGACCUCACUGGCCGUGGCGUUGGUCUGUAAUACUAUAAGCGGACUGACGUUGGUUUUGGCACGGCUGAGGAGGAGACCCAGGACGCAUCAUUCUGCAAACUACCAUGACAUUGAGAUGGUGGUGCAGCUGCUGGGCAUCAUGGUCACUUCAUGCAUCUGCUGGAGCCCUCUAUUGGUCUUUGGCUUGAUGUCUGUAUUGUACUCUUAUACUGGAUCUAUUGGUGAGGAUCUCAUCACUUACAAAACGUUGAUGCUGAGGGGUGUGAGACUAGCAACGUGGAACCAAAUCCUGGAUCCUUGGGUCUACAUCCUGCUACGUCGCACUGUGCUCCGGAAGAUCUACCUCAUCGCCAAGUGCCAGGCAGGUCUGAGGAGCAGCGUGCUGGGCCGCUGGGAUCCCACGUCCUACCCAAGCUCAAACAAGCACCAGGUUACCGCUAUAACAUCAUUUUCUGCGUACAGGCCGUGUCUGGUGAUGGCCUCUCGGGGGAAGUGGGACGAGCGUGAGGCGUAUGAGGAGCUGCUGUAUUGGGGUGAUCUCAUCCAGAGGGGACACCGGCUGCAUCCACACGACUAUGACAGAUAUGAAGAGUUGAGGUAUUGGUAUGAUUGCCUUCGCUAUGAAGAAGAUCUUCGAAAUUACCAUGACCAUCGAGCUGCUGCUGCUGCUACUGUAAAGGAAACUAAAGUUCAUAAAGUUAAGAAGAAACCAGAGGUUUCUCCAAAGCAAAUAUGUCCACGCCCUUAUGACCGUCCGGUGAAUAAAAAGCAUUUGGAAAUUUAUCCUUCAAAAAGUACCUUGGAGGCGGUCCAACUUAUUGUCUCCCACGUGGAGCAUGCUCUGAAGGCUGUCUCUACUCAGAUGGAUGCUACAUCAAGUGAAUUCAGUGAUGAAAAAGGCUGUGUCUUGCGUGGUGUUAUGAGGGUUGGGUUAAUCGCCAAAGGACUUAUACUGAACGAUGAUAACGAUCUUGAGCUGGUCCUGCUUUCCUACAAAAAGCCAACAGUUUCGCUCCUCAGACAAGUAUCUGAAAAGCUAGCAGUAGAACUAGAGGUUAUUUCACCAGGAAUUUACUCAACAACUGACAGACCUGAAAAUGCAGCUAUUGUUGUUCAAAGCACUUCUACGCAUGACCUGACUCUCUGGGUCAAUUUAACUUCACAGAUGUUCAAGAAGGUUGACGCCACACAGGAAAAUGAAGAAACGCAAGCGGUCAGCGAUCCGCCGGACGUUCUGGACAGGCAGAAAUGCCUGACUGCCUUGGCAUCUCUUCGUCAUGCCAAGUGGUUCCAGUCUAAAGUCAGUAAGUUGGGCUCUGCACUUGUUGUAAUCCGGAUAUUGAGAGACUUGUGUAAGCGUGUGCCUACCUUACAGCCACUCUCCGGAUGGCCUCUUGAGCUGCUUGUGGAGAAGGCCAUUGUAACGUCUGAGAGGCCUUUGGGCGCUGGAGAGGCUUUGCGCCGAUUCUUAGAAUUAAUCUCUACUGGAAUACUUUACGAAGAUGGACCUGGAAUUAAGGACCCAUGUGAAAAAGAUCCUGUAGAUGCUAUUGAACACUUGACAACACAGCAGCGUGAAGACGUCACAGGAGAGGCACAGCUUAUUUUGAGGCAGUGGGCAUCUGGGAAGAUAACAAAGGCCCUGAGAAUGGCUCCUAAACCCCAAAAACCUGAAGCCUCUGCAAAUAUUCCAGCACCGGGACCACCAGCUAAAAGACCCAUUUCAGCUACAGACACAGAAAAGGAGCAGCCACAUUUAAACAGCAAACGAAAUCGGCACUAA